AUGUCUCUCUCCCUCUCUCCAUCCACACCAAAGCUCUUUAGGCUACUUUGCGCAUGUACGGCCAGUCAAACCGAGCAUUGCAUCGACUCCAAGAUGGCGAAAACACGUCUGGCUUGCCUCCUGACUCUCCUCUCAACUCACUGCUACUUCAGCGUGUUAGCUGUGGUCCUGAAAACCAACAACGAAUCACCGUGGACCGAUGAGUUUGACAGAAUUGAGUUAUCAUGUUUGAUUGAGUCCAUUUCGACAACCAACCCCAGAAUCGAAUGGAAGAAGAUAACAAGUGAAGGACCAAGUUAUGUGUACUUUGACAGAAGGAUCUCAGGUGACCUGGAGAACAGAGCGAUGAUCAGAGAACCCGCCACCUUACUGAUAACCAAUGCAACGAGAUCGGACACAGCCAAAUACCGCUGUGAGGUCACAGCUGCUGACGACCAGAAGUCUUUUGAUGAGAUUGUGAUUGACCUCGUCGUAAGAGUGAAGCCCGUGGUGCCAAAAUGCAGCGUCCCAAAGUCAGUGCCUUUUGGGAAGUCGGCUGAGCUGAGCUGCGUGGAGGACGAGGGCUUCCCCAAGUCUCAGUACCAGUGGUUCAAGAACAAGGAGGAGAUCCCAGACGACCCAAAGACCAGCCUCAAGUUCAUCAACUCCUCAUACACACUCAAUGCAGAAACAGGAACUCUGAAGUUCAUCGCAGUCAGAAAAGAAGAUACAGGCGAUUACUUCUGCCGAGCGAAGAACGAUGCAGGAUACUCUGAGUGUGCAGCGCAGAAGAUGGAAGUCUAUGAUGUCGAUCUUUUGGGGAUUAUACUGGGAGUGCUGGUGGUGGUCAUAGUGCUCAUAUGUAUAACAGCGGGGAUCUGCUGUGCAUACAAGCGAGGGUACUUCUCCAGCCAAAAACAGACGGGGAACAAUUACAAAGUUCCAGCUAAAGGAGACGGAGUGGACUACGUCAGGACGGAGGAUGAGGGGGAUUUCCGACACAAGUCGUCAUUUGUGAUCUGAAAAGGGAGAGAGAGGAUGAAGACGGGCACUGUGCUGAGUGAACGACAUGACAUGUGGGACUGCGCUCCUCGCUGUGUGACACGGAGCUGCCACAGUUCAUGCUCUGAGCUCUCAGCACGACUCAAACACACUACUCAAGUUUGCCAAAGGUGACAAGAUUUCACAGGACAACAAACAUGUCAAAGAAUUACACACGUAGGGACUGACGUUCAUUUGUUCAUCACCACCAACUGAAUUAUUUCCGCUAAAUUAUGGAGUUGUUACUUUACAGUUAUUGCAUGGUUUUAAACACCUAGCGAGGUGUUCUGCCAGGUAGAAACGGAGGAGCCUCUUCUCCUCCACAGUCAAUCAUGACACCUUUCUACUUUUGCUUCAAACCUUCUGUCAUUUGUAUAACCUUUCUUUUCUACUGUUGAAAUUUGUCAGACUAUUUUUGAUGGAAUAUAUUUUAAAAUGCCUAUAGAUAAAGGUUUACUUUUUUAAAUAUUUGUAAAAUACUAACAUGUGUUGUUUUUUAUUUGGUUGUGGAUAAAAAAAAAGAAUAUGUAACACUUUCACCACAUCGAGCUGUAAGCAUUUACACCUUUGCAAUUGGAAAAGAGAGAAAGACAAAAUGAAAAACGAUUCGUAUCGGCAUAUCAAGAUGUGGUUUCUUGAUCGGCGGUCUUACAUAUUUAAUUUCGCUGGGAACGCCAACUUUCUUUUGUGAGAGACUUCCAUGUUAAUGUUUGUAGAUAGUCUUAGUAAGAGGCUUUGAAGAGUGCCAGUCAAAUGCUGUGAAACACUGCGCACAAUCAGUGCUGCAUUUUCUUGAUUUUAAGUGUCCUUCUAUGCUUGCUGUUAAUCUUGUAUAUAUUGAAUUUACUGUCAAGGAUAGAGUUUUGCUGUCAUAUGUACGUUCAGUAUUACACUAUUAUAAUAAUAAUGAUAAUAAUAAUAAUACAGGGUUUGUAAGUUAACCUUCCAGACCCACACAAAACUAAAUUGUAAUACUAGACAGUAAAUUCUGAAUAGAAACAGAUUGGAUAAAAUGACAGAGACGACAAAGACUUUUCUGUUACAGUUCAGGACUUUGUUAUUUUAACUACUGACUCGUCGAUUUUCAUGCUACAAUUACUGAAGGUACCAAGAGCGUCAGUGUAAAUUCUCUAGUACAUACAGAGACUAUUAGAGUCUUAGGUAAAGCACAUUAAACACAGUCUUUGACAUGAAUCCUGGUUGAUAUUUGCUGAUGUCCAAUCUGUUUACACGCUAUUUUUGCUAAUAUUUGUUGGAAUUAGAGAGUAGACCUCAUCUAACAUUUCUAACCUUUAGUUGUGAUUAAAUAUUUUAGUUGGAAAUUAAAAUCGUGUUAGGUCUGACUGAAGCUCAUAUUACUCAUUCCUGUCAGCAGAGACUCUACAGAGAUACACAGCUGGGGUCUGGAGGGUUAACACUUGUACUGAUUGUAUAUAGAUAUUUGUAUUUUUUUUCUCUCUCUCUCAAGAUUAUGUAAAGUGGUGAAAACUGUAAAAAAAAAAUGUCCUAAUGAGGCGAUAUGAAACUCUUUCCAUUUGUAAGACUGAGAAAAGGUAACAUUUUAUCAUAUCAUUCAUAACGCAUAAACAAAAGAUUCUUUAAGGAAUAUUUCUCUAUUAUUUUU